CGUAGUUGAAUAUCUGGCAGACUAAAAGCAAAAAUAUUUUACAGGUGAAACUUGAGGAUUAGGCGGUUAGACAGGUGUCUUAGAAGUUUUCAUUUUGAAAAAAGCGCAACUUAAGUUAGGUAUAAUGAAAACGACUUUUCUGUGCGUGAAAGUGACCACGGAUUGAUGAACACUCGAAAAUUUAGAAAGAAGAACUCGGCGAAACUGGUUCGUUCCGACCCAAGAGGGAUUCUGUGGGGCGAAUAAAAAUAAUAACAAAGCUAGAAGAGGAAAUUUUAGUCCAAGUAAAGUCUAUUUAUAGAUAUAUUGAAGCCACUAACUGAUACGAAUUACGGAAAGACCCGGGCAAGCUGUAAGAAUGAAAUAUGGCCGAACAGGACAGUAAAUGGCUUGGUCCUCUCUACCGUUCGGCGCCCAUGUUCGUCCCCCCAGUCCCCCCCUGAUACCGCAGAGGCGACCGCCACCAACCACAUCCCCACCGCCAUUUCCCGUACGAUUUUCGCCAAACCGAACCGUGCAAUAAACAAAUAGGAUCUUUUUAAUUGUUGUACAGUAUUUAUUUUUUUAAAAAGUACCACAUAGGCGUAUUUCUACCUCCCGCAUCUUUUGAUAGCCUAUAGCUAAGUAUACCUUUUAUCUUAUAUAUAUACAAUAUAAAUAUAUUUUUUCGGAUAGCACUUUCGGCAGUGCUAAAAGUGACCUUUAAAAGUUGUUGAGAGUUUUACUAAAAAGCAACCGUUUUAAACGAACUUUUUGAUGUUUCACCGUGAAGUGGCCUUAAUAAAGUAAAAAAAAUAUUGAAUCGGGCUGGUCCUGGUAUUUGUUAUAUAAGAAAACCGUUCCUUUGCAUUUAUAGACCUUUUAUAUUCCACUUUCCCGAACAAUGGCCGGUAGAGCUUCAUUUAGGCACAGUCGGACACACACCAUAGAUAAUCAAAGGAGGAUCCAUGCCAAUGAUAGAACCUAUAAUUCACAAUUUAAAUAUGCGAGUAACUUCAUAAAAACUUCGAAGUACUCGAUCCUGACGUUCUUGCCCUUGAACCUGUUCGAGCAAUUUCAGCGGCUGGCGAAUUUUUACUUCUUGUGCCUUUUGGUGUUGCAACUAAUCCCGGCCAUCAGUAGUCUGACACCCGUUACGACGGCACUGCCUCUUAUAGGAGUUUUGGGUCUCACCGCCAUUAAGGACGCUUACGACGACAUACAACGUCACGUUUCGGAUUCGCACGUGAACAAUAGAAAAUCUAGGGUCGUGCGGAACGGUAAGCUCGUGCAAGAGAAAUGGUCAGCGGUUCAGGUGGGUGACAUCAUACGCAUGGACAAUAAUACGUUCGUGGCCGCGGAUUUGCUGCUUUUGACGUCCAGCGAGCCCAACGGUUUGUGCUAUAUAGAAACCUCGGAAUUGGACGGCGAAACUAACCUGAAGUGCCGGCAAUGUCUCGUCGAAACAGCCGAAAUGGGUCAAGACGACGCCCUGAUUAGCGAAUUCGACGGCGAGAUCGUCUGCGAGACGCCCAAUAACCUCCUGAACAAGUUCGAGGGCGUCUUGGUGUGGAAGGGCCGCACCUUUUCGCUCGACAACGACAAGAUCAUACUCAGAGGUUGCGUGCUCCGCAACACCUCUUGGUGUUACGGGGUGGUGAUUUUCGCCGGCAAGGACACCAAGCUGAUGCAAAACAGCGGUAAAAGCAAAUUCAAACGCACCAGCAUAGACAGGCUACUUAAUUUUUUAAUCAUAGGGAUAGUGUUUUUUCUAUUGUCGAUGUGCCUUUUCUGCAUGGUGGCCUGCGGCAUUUGGGAAUCCCUGGUUGGCCGGUACUUCCAGACUUUCCUGCCGUGGGACACGUUGGUGCCCUCCGAGCCAUUGGGGGGCGCUACCAUCAUAGCUCUUUUGGUUUUUUUCUCGUACGCCAUCGUGUUGAAUACGGUGGUGCCGAUUUCGUUGUACGUAUCCGUAGAGGUUAUAAGGUUCAUGCAAAGCUUCCUGAUCAAUUGGGACGAGCAGAUGUAUUACAAGAAAAAUAACAUGUACGCCAAAGCGAGGACGACCACGUUGAACGAGGAACUGGGACAAAUCGAGUACAUAUUCUCCGACAAGACCGGCACGUUGACCCAGAACAUAAUGACGUUCAACAAGUGCUCGAUAGCGGCCAAGUGUUACGGCGACGUCGUCGACCAGAGGACGGGCGACGUCAUCGAGAUAACCGAGAACACGGAACCGCUGGACUUUUCGUUCAACGCGAACUACGAGCCCGAGUUUAAGUUCUACGACAAGAAUCUGCUGGACGCGGUGCGGAGGCGGGAAAAGGAAACGUUCGCUUUUUUCCGGCUGCUCGCCUUGUGUCACACGGUGAUGUCGGAGGACAGGGACGGAAAAUUGGAGUACCAGGCGCAGUCGCCGGACGAGGCGGCGCUAGUGUCGGCCGCCAGGAACUUCGGUUUUGUCUUCAAGGAGAGGACGCCGAACAGUAUUACGAUAGAGGUUAUGGGCGCCAAAGAGGUUUACGAGCUUUUAUGCAUACUCGACUUCAACAACGUCCGAAAGAGAAUGUCUGUGAUACUGAGGAAAGACAGCAACUUACGGUUGUUCUGCAAAGGGGCCGACAACGUUAUUUACGAAAGGCUGAAAGACGGUCAGGACGAGCUCAAAGCCAAAACGCAAGACCAUCUUAACAAAUUCGCCGGCGAAGGUCUGAGGACGCUGUGCCUCGCGUACUGCGACCUGGACGAGGAUUUCUUCAACAACUGGAAGCAGCGGCACCAGGAGGCGGCAAUCGCUAUGGAGGAUCGCGACGAGAAGCUCGACGCGAUCUACGAGGAAAUCGAGCGCGAUAUGAUCCUCAUCGGUGCCACCGCCAUAGAGGACAAGCUCCAGGACGGCGUCCCGUCCACCAUUGCCAACCUCAUACUCGCCGGCAUCAAGAUUUGGGUACUUACCGGGGAUAAGCAAGAAACCGCCAUCAAUAUCGGAUACUCGUGUCAACUGUUGACCGACGAACUCGUCGACAUCUUCAUAGUGGACGCGUCCUCUUUCGACGAAGUGCAACAACAGCUCCUCAAAUUCCGCGACAACAUAAAGAUCGUGAACGUUUAUAGGCCGCAUUCGCCCACCCACGUGACUGACCCUACGUCCAACGGUUUUGGUGCCGCCAACGAUCAACACGCCGCCUCCGGGUCCGCUCCUUCGAAGACGGGCGGAGGCCAGGCGAUCAGCGUCGUCACGUUCAGGUGGGACGAAUCGGGGAGAAAGUGCAAGAGAGCAAGUACGGAACUUGAGUAUCUGGGAGGAGUCGAGGCUCCUCACGCCGAAGAAACCAACGCUGGAUUCGCGAUCGUCAUCAAUGGCCACUCUUUGGUGCACUGCCUGCAUCCGCAAAUGGAGCGGUUGUUCUUGGACGUGGUGAUGCAGUGCAAAUCGGUGAUUUGCUGCAGGGUGACGCCUCUGCAGAAGGCACUGGUCGUGGAGUUAGUGAAGAAGAACAAACACGCGGUCACUCUGGCCAUCGGGGACGGUGCCAAUGACGUUUCCAUGAUCAAAGCUGCCCACAUCGGGGUGGGAAUUUCGGGUGAGGAAGGGAUGCAGGCGGUGCUCGCUUCCGAUUACUCGAUCGCCCAGUUUUGUUUCCUCGAACGGCUGCUUCUCGUGCACGGCAGAUGGUCGUACUACCGGAUGUGCAGCUUCCUGCGGUACUUUUUUAACAAGAACUUCGCGUUCACGCUGUGCCACUUUUGGUACGCGUUUUUUUGCGGGUUCAGCGCGCAGACGGUGUUCGAUCCCAUGUACAUUUCCAUAUACAACCUUUUUUACACGUCGUUGCCCGUAUUGGCGGUCGGCAUUUUUGAUCAGGAUGUCAACGACAAGAACUCUGUUCUCUAUCCGCAACUCUACCGUCCCGGCCACCUGAACCUCCUCUUCAACAAGAAGGAGUUCUUCCUUAGCGCCCUGUCGGGCUGUUACGUGUCGAUCGUCAUUUUUUUCGUGGCAUUCGGUACUUACUACGACGCGGUGGCCCCGAACGGCCAAGGACUCUCCGACUACAUGCUUUUCUGCAGCGUCGCGGCCGCCAUCUUGGUCAUAGUGAACACCGCGCAGAUCGCGAUGGACACCCAGUACUGGACGGUGUUCAAUCACGUGACGAUAUGGGGCUCGUUGGCGUUCUACUUCGUCGCGGACAACUUCUACAAUUACGUGUGCGGCGGCCCUUACGUCGGCAGCCUCAACUACGCGAUGGCCGGCGCGAACUUUUGGUUCACCACGGUGGUGACGGUCACGUUGUCCAUCAUGCCGGUCCUCGCGUGGAGGUUUUAUUUCGCGGACGUGUUCCCCACGCUGUCCGACAGGGUCAGACUGAAGCAGAGGUUGGCUCAGGUUAGGUCGAGGCAAAGUCAGGACGUGCUGCGCACUCCGUCUGCGCGUCGCGCCAGACGUUCCAUCCGUUCCGGUUACGCUUUCGCCCACCAGGAGGGUUUCGGGAAACUCAUCACGUCCGGAAAAAUCAUGCGCAAGCUUCCCAACUCGGAGUUCACGAUACCGAACAUCAUGAACAAACUGAACAUGUCGAACGCCUCCAAGGAACACAAAAACAAUUCGGCGCUGUCGCAUGACGGCAGUGGGGGGAGGGCCCCGAUCCAGGACCUGGAUACGAUCAAUUUGUGAUAGUAGUGGUUAUUUAGGGCGGGAAAUUAGGAACUAUGCGAGUUUUCUGAAACGACCUCGGGAGACUUUUCGAGGUAGGUAGGGUACUUGGGUGUUACCGGUUCCUAAGGAGACGCUCUGGACGCUUUCGCGUCGCUUGUGCCGAGUCUGGAACGAUUGUACGAAUAAAUUUCGUCUCUUGUAUAUAUAUACAGGGUGCCUCGAUAAUCGGAACCGUAUGAGAAACUUUUGUAUUAUUAAUUAAAAAACAAACACUUAAUUUCUUAAGAAAAUAUACCAAAAUUUAAAAUACGGUCGUCGGUUAUAGAUUUUUUCCAGUAAUGUACGAGGUUUGGCCAAAAAUUGUAAAUUGCACAUGUUUUUCGUUAUUGUCACAUUUAAUGGCCCUUUACUAUCUGGUAAAGUUCAUAUUUUCGACGCACCUCGUAUGCUACCGGAUUUUUGGAUUUUAGAUUUUGGUUUCCCCAAAAUUAAUAAUAAAAAUGUUUCCCUUACAGUGGCAACAUUCUGAGACUCAUUGUAUACUGGGCGUACCGAUAAUUGGCGACAGAAAAAAUGCUUUAAUUAGAAAAUUGCACACGAGCGGGGGACACAUAACCUAAAAUUGUUGUCAUGUAUACAGGAUGUUUCAUAAGUGCUUAAAAAUUGUGUUUUUUACGUGAUAAGGUGGCGAUUUUAAUGAAAAAAAAAAACAUACAUCAAUCGCUUUAUUUUUUAGUAUACAGGCUCUAAAAAUUAAAAACAUUAUUCUCUGGUUUUUGCUAAAACUGCUUUAUAUAUGUGGUUGAGUGCUCAGUUGGAGCAUAGACAAAAACUCUUUUCCAACUUUACCGAAAAAAAAAAAAAUGGUGCGCCGCUGCACUUUUCGAAAAAAAAACGUUUUUCGCUAAAACUCUUGCGUUGCCCGAGCGGAAUAAUUAAAAAGAAAAAAAAUCUUAUUCAAUCGUUAGCCGUUAACCGUUUGAGCUCUGGAUUUUUGUACUUUAUAUGGCUAUUAAAAUCUCGAAAAUCUCUACACAAAAUUUUGUUCGAUUUGAACAUUUGAAACAGUUUCUUGAUACUUGAAAUUUUUUAAAAGUGAUAUUAUUAUUACUUUUUGUUUAUAAGGAAAUAAAAAUUACUCCUAGAACAAGUAUCUACCCAGCUGUUCCACAAAAAACUUUGCAUCUUUAACCAUAUUAUAAGCAGUACAUGAAAUGAGUUUCUUUUGGUCGGAGACUACAGUGCAAAUAGAGCUAAGGUAUUUUGAAAAACAGUUACUGGUACUUAAAAACUGUUGUAGAACGUCAAGGUUAGCGUUAUUAAAACUGCGUUUUAAGCUUUUUGUGUCCGGUCUAAAGUAACUUGGCCAGAAAGUUUAGACUUACUUUAUGUAUAGUUAUUUUUAAAUGAGUCGCCAGAGACCAGAAGAAAUAGAUUGCUUCAAAAUUAUUAAAAAUUAGAUGUGAUUUUUUAAAAAUUAUCAAAACAGCGUGAAGCCCAACAAAAUGUUUUUUGUAAUAUAUAUGUAAUGUCUAACGUUGCCACCACUGAACCCAGCUGUCUUAACUAUUAACUAUUUCGAUUUCGUAUGAAAACAUUUAAAAGAAUUUCUAUGUUUACUGAAACGGAUUUGUCAUUUUUCACAAUUCAUGCGGCUAGGACUUCCACGUGUCUCUAACCUGCAGCGUUAUUUGUCUAUCUAUAUAGGCCAACGAUUAGCUAAUACCUCUGAACGUCCAUUGGCGAGAUGAGUUACUAGUACUUCUGUAGCCGAAUACCUUUUUUGUAUACGUAUAAUUUUAGUUUACGUCUCUCACGUAGCCGUUGAACUUUUUAAUUUAAAAUGUUUUUUCCUAUUUUUCUUGACGCGUUAUAGGGACGCCCUGCAUAUAUAUCAGACGAGAAAUUUCGGCUCGCGGAACGCUAUGAAUUAAACAAGUAUUUUAAAUCGUAACUAGACUUGAUGAUAACUUUAAGCUUUACUAGUCAAAAAAAAGUAUGUUUUAAUGUUAAGAAAUUUCUUAUUAUGAAAGUUAUAUUUAAAAGAAGUAUUUGCAUUUUGUUUUUUUAUUAAUAAAUUUAUUUUUUCUGUAAAGCGAUUUUGGUCGUGACCUUUCGUGACUUUUCGAACAAGUUUAUAUAUUUGGUAAGUGUUCAUCGCACAAAAACUUUAAAACUAAUUACCUAUACAUACUGGUGUACCGGUGAGGACUCGCAUUUUGACUGGCUGUGACUUUUUUGCUUUUAAAGAUAUAAAAAAACACAGAUUUAGGGAAGUUUUUGCCUAGAAUGGUACGCUAUAUAUUUUAAUUAUUUCAAUAGAACGCGUUGUUUCUAAUUACAAUCAUACGGGGUGUCUCACUGUUAGCUUCGUCGAUCUGUUGUGGAAAAUGGUAAGUAGCCAAUUUUGAAAAUUUGGAAUUGGGGGCGAUACGGCUGAAAAAAUUUCAAGAUGGCGGCAUAUCCUGAUAUACCCAAAGGGGGUGUCAGCUUUCAUUAUUUUCAAUGGAACACCCUAUGUGUUUUUGCUUUUUUAAAUUCUGCGGAAAAGUCUAGCCAUAGGAAAUAUGUCUUCACCGUUUCUGAGACAUUUAACAUUUUAUAUCAAAAAGUUAUUUUACUUUAAUACUUACCCUGUAGAAAAUUGUCUGAUCUUUUGUUAGUAAUGUGGUUUACUAAUAAUACAUGAUGUUCAAAAAAAUAACAAAGUAAAAGUGAAAAAACUAGCCAAACUUUUUUUAUGAGAACUUAUCAAAUAGUGUGAUUUUGGGGAAAACUCGCCUAGCCAUUUUUUCAUUUUUGUAUUUACCUCCGUAUUUUUAAAAACAAAAAAGUUACAACCAAUCGAAAUGGUACCGAGAUAAAUUGAACGCACGGUAUGUAAGACAGAGGCGGCGAGCGAGAAUGGCUUCCUUUAAAGAAGCGGGCAUUUGCGAGGCCAUGGAGUUUUACUGUAGCGCGGUAGAGUGGCAGCAGAAACAGGAUGGCGACCCAAUGGUCGGGGUACAAUCGUUCGGAUCAGGAACGUAACGCUUUUAGAUUGACACCAUGGGACACUUUCUUUUUGGUGCUUUAUGUCGUAAAAGAUGCGGUUUGAACCCGGGCACCGACUACUUGAACUCUACGUAAAAUGUGCAGAAGAUCCAUAGAACGUGAAGUAGGAGCGGAAAAAGGUGGUAAGCGAGACGGUGGGUCAGUCUGAAAAAACAGCGAUGGGCCCCGUGUGACAGUUCGGAGGCAACAUUAGGGACACCCCCGUUCGCCGACUUACACUUGAAGCGUGUUUGUGUUGUAAAUUAAAUAG